AUGCCCCAAGAUGAUAGUCAUGUCGGUGCCAAAAGCAAAGAACACGCCGAUGGGCUGGAGGAAGAGCGGGCUCUGCUCUCGCAUGGUUCCGCAGCUCAUGACAAUGAUGAAGACAGCUCUGCCGUAGCGCCUGACGCUCCUCAGAAACCCACUGCAAGCGAGCGACCUGCACCGAAGAGACAAUCGUCCUUAUCCCAUCCACCUGCCGAUGGCCAACCACGAACUCCUCGAACUCCGAACCGUGUGCGCUUCGACCUCGACGCUGUACCGUCAAGCCCCGAGCUCGCUCGCGCAAACGGCCACCCACCUGACAGUCCUUUAUGGAUCGACGAUGAAGACGACUAUCUGCACAGCAAUGGAGAUGCCAGGCAGCAUGCCCCUCUACUCACGGGUAUUACUGCGCCGGCUGAUUCUCCCUUCCUCUCCGACUCCUUCCAACCAGAAGACCACCUACCCGACGCAAGACCGAAGAGUGGCAUGUGUAGUGCAUUCAUGAACAUGGCCAACAGCAUUAUCGGCGCGGGAAUCAUCGGCCAACCUUAUGCAUUUCGCCAGGCUGGGCUGACAAUGGGAGUCAUCCUACUGGUCGCGUUGACUGUCACUGUGGAUUGGACGAUCCGUCUCAUAGUCAUCAACAGCAAGCUAUCCGGAGCUGAUUCGUUUCAGGCUACAAUGCAGCAUUGUUUCGGACAGAGUGGACUGGUGGCAAUUUCAGUGGCGCAAUGGGCAUUUGCGUUUGGCGGGAUGGUGGCAUUCUGUGUGAUUGUGGGGGAUACCAUUCCUCAUGUCCUUGAGGCUCUGAUACCGGGGCUGAGGGACAUGAGUUUCCUAUGGCUUUUGACGGAUAGAAGGUUUGUUAUUGUGCUUUUUGUGCUUGGUAUUAGUUGGCCGUUGAGCCUUUACAGGGAUAUUGCGAAGUUGUCAAAAGCAUCCACACUGGCGUUGAUCAGCAUGUGUGUAAUCAUCACCACAGUGAUCACACAGGGCGCAAGGGUACCUGCAGAGAGCAGGGGUGAUUUUAGAGGUCUUCUGUUCGUGAGCAACGGCUUCUUCCAAGCUGUAGGCGUCAUCUCGUUUGCCAACCCAGCAUUCGUCUGUCACCACAACUCCCUAUUGAUAUAUGGCUCCCUCCGCACCCCAACCCUCGACCGCUUCUCCCUGGUAACCCACUACAGCACCACCAUCAGCAUGCUCGCCUGCCUCAGCAUGGCGCUUGCCGGCUUCCUCACCUUCGGUUCCCUAACCAAGGGAAACGUCCUGAACAAUUUCCCCACCGACAACAUCCUCGUCAACAUCGCGCGCUUCUGCUUCGGCCUCAACAUGCUCACCACUCUGCCCCUAGAGUGCUUCGUCUGCAGGGAGGUGAUGAACAAUUACUGGUUCCCCGAGGAGCCCUACCAGCCGAAUCGCCAUCUCAUCUUCACGUCGGCGCUGGUGUUGAGCGCAGUGGGCCUCAGCCUUGUCACCUGUGAUCUGGGGGCGGUGUUUGAGUUGAUCGGAGCGACGAGCGCGUGCGCCUUGGCUUAUAUCUUGCCGCCGCUCUGUUAUCUGAAGUUGGCGAGUAAGAGCUGGAGGACCGUUCCGGCCAUUCUGUGUAUCUGUUUUGGAUGUGGAGUUAUGAUUGUGAGUUUGGUGAUGGCGGUAGCCAAGAUGAUCAGAAGAGCUAACGGAUUCGUGGGAACGCAGAUGAAGGGAAUCCGCAUCAAUGCUGAGAGACGAACCGAGAUCCACUUACGUGUGGUCGGUCGUAGUGGCGAGGCUAUUAUAGCAGACUCCAUAACUCUAUCUACCAUCACAGCGACGAAAUGA